GAUCAAAUAUCCCACGAUAAAUAAUGAUUCUCGGGCACUCAAGGCACACCGAACGAGCCCUUGGGUCGGCACACAGCCGCCACCCUCCAUAAAUGUUAUUUUACUUAGAUUAUAGACUGAACAGAGAUCCUUCUCAUCAUCAGGCUUAAAUGGACUUCGGGUUUCAGAGUGCCGGGAGGCAAGACCUGGGCUGCCUCGCUCCUGACCGUCGCGCGGAACCUUGAUGCUCGCCCUCCUGCAGGUCGCGGGGGAACCACCAAGGGAAGCCCGAGCCUGUGCGCCACCAUCUUACUAAAGGAGUGUAUGCCCCGCCAUUCGUUCUUCCCCACGCUGGGCUGGCCGCUGGCGGGGCGGGGCGGGGCCGGUUAUGGCGGCCGCAGAGCUCCGGGGACACGCGGUGCGGAUGUCCACCCAGGGACCCCGGCCUGUCGCGGCCCCGGACGGCGUGGCAGGAGCCGCAGGCCUGCCCUCUGAACGGGGUGGCGGGGCGGCCCUCCGGCUCGGGGAACGCCCGCCAGCCACUAUGGAGAAGCGGGGACCAUACAUGGUGACGCGCGCACCUUCCAUUCAGGCUAAGCUUCAAAAGCACCGGGACCUGGCCAAAGCCGUUCUACGGAGAAAGGGCAUGCUGGGGGCCUUGCCGAACCGCCCCGAUUCUUCAGGGAAAAGGUCAGUGAAGUUUAACAAGGGCUAUGCUGCUCUUAGCCAGAGUCCAGAUGAAAACCUGGUGUCCCUUGACUCUGACAGUGAUGGGGAGCUGGAAUCCAGAUACUCCUCCGGGUAUUCCUCUGCAGAGGUGAGCCAGGAUGUGAGCAGGCAGCUGCUGCAGGAUGGUUAUCACCUGGAUGAGAUUCCAGAUGAUGAGGACCUGGACCUCAUUCCCCCUAAACCUAUCGCCUCUUCCACAUGCUCUUGCUGCUGGUGCUGUCUUGGAGACUCUUCCUGUACCCUCCAGUAGUCAUAACCCUCCAGGAUACACCCUGCUGGUCAUGAAGUCUGCAGAGCCCUGAUGGCCCUUCAUGGCCCAGUGCACUAGAUCCUGCUGCCAGCCUAGAGUCAUGGAGGCGCUGACCUACAGGCAGCCCUCACCUCGUGCUUCUGUCAGAGCCCCUGUCUGGGUCACAGGCAACAGGUGAAAGUCUGCAGUUCUCUGUUGGGGCAGUUUCAGGAAGCCACUUCAAUAAGGGCAGGAGUAAAGGCUUUCUGUGGUUCUUAUGCUACUGACAAGGGUUGCUAAGAAAACCAUUUGCAGACAUUCUGCCUGCCAUUUGUUGGGGUGCUCUGAGGAAGGGAAAACAAAGCUCCUCUGCCUAGGCUGUGCUGGGUGGUGUGGUAGGAGGCAGAAAAUAGCACUUUUUGGCUUGCAGUAAGAAUCUAAAAGAAUGUAACAGACUGAUUCAAGAAAUUCUGUUUUUCUUGCUCCAACUCUAAGGUCAGUUAACAGGUUUGAACUUCAAGAAAGCACAAAGUGUGUUGUUACUUCAGGUUACAUCUGUCUAGUUAUGACAAGGAAUAUAGCUUAAUGAUGAUGUGGAAUUCUGGCUUUUGGAACCUCUGGACUUGGGAUAUUCUACUGGUCCUUCUGUAUGGAUGGGUUUAGUAACUGGUCAGCCUUUCCCUAGUUAAAAGGAAACUGCUCUAUCAUGUAUAUGUACAUUUAUCUAUAGUUCCUUGACAUUGGCUCGUUUUUUCUACCUGUUUUUUGUUUGUUUUAAUCUAAUAGUUAAUUGGUUCCUGGGGCUGGUACCAGAAGCCUGCAGUUUUGUGAUUACCAGCAGAGGGAGCUGCUGGGCAGUCAGUGCCUUCUGUGCUUAGAUUUUUAACUUUGAGAACAGAUGUCCUGGUGUAGCUUUGGCCUACAUGGAAAUGGUCAAACAGGAUGGGGAGGAGAGACCUAAGCCAGCUCCUGGACCCCACUUGAGAUAGAUCAGUUUGCAGUGGAAGGGGAACGUCCCCCUUCUAACAAGGUUUAUUCCUAUGGCACAUGCCUCUGCCCCAGCACAGAGCUCACAGGCUGAAGGCUGUGUAUACUCUAGUAGAACACUUGCCUAGCAUGUGCAAUGCUCUGGGUUCCAGUCCACUGGGGGCUGGGGGUAUGGAACACAGCAAACCUGUGAGUGAGCACAGGCUUUCUCAACCCCAAGCCUGAACACAACAAAUACAGGGGUAAUUUUUCUUGCAAUACUAUGCCUUUCUGGAAUUUCGUUUUCCAGGAUGUCUCCCCUACCUUUCCUUUAUCUUACCCAGGUGUGUGGUGUGACUUGGAGUGGAAAGGGUUCCCAGCAUAAAGGGCACAGUAGUCAGGAUUAGGGGUUGGGCACAACAUGUCACUGUCAUGUCCAGUGACUACUAGAGGCAUAGGAGGAAUGAUGUGCCACCUAUGGUAGCAGAAAGGGUAAGAUCAAAAGAUAAGUCCUUCACUGUUACUUGGCCACAAACCUGUCCUUGUGCUAGCCUGCUAAUACCCAACAGGCUUUUCUUCUCAGGCAGCAGAAGGUUGAAGAGACCAUGUCUAGGGGCUUUUUACUCAACUACUGAGCAGAAUCAUAGGAGGGGAUGGGACAGCAACCAGAGGCACAUCUGCUUGGUUCCUGGGACUGGGUUAUAGAUGUGAAUUACGUUCUGCAGAGGGACUCUGCAACUCUAAGCAGAUAUCUCACAUUCUGAGCACCUUAUGUUAAGGCCUGCAGGGAAGGACCACAGACCACAUCCAAGCCUUUUGGAGCCCUGCAGAGGUGAAGCACGUGUGGAAGGGAAGAGAUGUGGUUCAGUGUAGAGAAAGACUAGAUGGUGUGGUUCAGUGAGGGCCAGGGAUGCCUGUGGAGUCCUAGUUCUGUUGGGAGUUGGUCAAGACAGAGUGGUUUGGGCAUUUGGCAGCUGGGGGGGGGAGUAACCCCAAACCACACCCUUUGGGGUGAUUGUUGCUGUAAUCAACUUUGAAGUACUUGGCUGGAACAGUCCCUAGGAGGGAAGUUCUGGAGCUGGGCGGCCUUGUAUGGGAAAGCUCAGGGAUGUGGAGCAGGUGACAGUGUCCAGUUAGGAGGGCAGAAACAGCUGUUAGGGGAUGGACAAGAUAACACCAAUAAAGGCACACUGGUAGCUAGAUUCUAACUGCCCAAUUCAGAGUGCUGGGUGUCCUGCAGGAGGCAGUCCCUGGGAAGAAGUGUAUCUGAGCUUCUUCAGGAAUGGUUCCACCUAAUGUUUACAAACCACUGCUCUAAGACCUCUUGGCUUGUACUUCUACAGUCUGUUAUAAUAAAUGCAGUCAUGGUA